GACUCAUCGCGGGACAUUCGCGAGGCCCUGCAUGAGCUGCUCUGCUACACUAACGUGUCCACUAAAGAGUGCAUCCAGCUGGCCCUCGUGGAACUCCUGAAGAACCUCACCAAGUACCCAACCGACCGCAGCUCAGUCUGGAAAUGUUUGAAGUUCCUCGGUGCUCGACACCCGACCCUGGUGCUGCCGAUUGUCCCUGAGCUGCUGAGCACACAUCCGUAUUUCGACACCCCAGAACCAGACAUGGACGACCCUGCCUGUAUCCUACACAUCUGACAUG